AACGAGAUCCAGCAUAGAAUUUGGCUGCAAAUUAUAAAGUAAGGUGCAAAGCCUGACCAUUUUACUCAAGCAUCCACAUGUGAUGCUGCUACACAACAGUCGUCAAUAACACCCACCACACCACCAUUGUCUCCACACUAGUAUAUAUUGUCCCACCACCACCUCAUCUCACAACUCUAUCUCUCUCUCUCUCUACAUAUCCAUCCCUCUCUCAUUAGCAUCAGCAUCAGCAUCAUCAACAUCAGCAUUGGCAAGGAGGGUGGAUCGAUGGAGUAUUACAUGGAUGAGAAAUGGAAGUUAUCCAAAGAAGAUAGGCCGCAUUCCUCCUCCAAAGCGUCUAUGUCGAGGAGCGUCUCCACUAAGUCAUCGCUUCAGAAGAGCUUCUCCACCAAGAACCCCUUCGGCCACUCCUCCUCUAAAUCCUCCCUCCCGAGAAGCUCCUCCCAGAGGUGCUCCGGUUUCACGCGCAAGUGCACCAACUUGGCCAAGGAGCAGAAGGCCAAAUUCUACAUUGUCAAGCGCUGCAUCACCAUGCUCGUCAGCUGGAAAAAGAAUGGAGAUUCUUGACCACACUCAUUGCUGGAUUCUGAAUUUCAAACUUGCUUUGAUCCACGCCCAUCUCUCUAUUCGCGAGAUGGAUCUUGGGCUCAUUUCUGACCCGAAGAAGUUUUCCUGCCAUCCGAGAAGAGAUAGAGAGAGAAGCGCAACAAAAAUUUCUCAGAUCCUCAAUGUAACUAGCUAGAGAGAGUGCCAUGUUGUGAGAUGUAAGAUAUUUUAAAUUCAUUGCAGACACAAAUCUCAAACAACUUAUCAUCUUUUUUCUUCUUUCUA